UGCCCUCCGAUUACUCAGCCUACCUAUCUGUCAGGGACGAACCAAUCAGACGUGAAGGUGCCAGAAUCAUACGAUGAGCGGUGCACUUUUGAGCCGAGCUUCCGGUUGGUAAAACGCAUUUUCAACCAUCUCAACGCCGCUUCGUCCAAACUUCCGACUGAGUGUUCUUCCCAGCGUGCGUCUGCGCGCAGGUGAACAGUUUGGACAAGAUGGCUUCGAUGAUGGAGGCGUUCAAUGCCACCACCACGCCUUACGUGGAGCAUAUUGAGGCAACGAUUUCUUCGGUUGAUACGGGCGUCCUCAGCAAAAUGCUUGAUAAUGUCAACGUAUUCGGUGUCUUUCUUACGCUGUUUGCCAUCGCGGUCGCCUAUGAUCAGACGACACCAGUAAAGUACUGGCAACUCAAGGGUCCGCUCGCCGGCACAACCUUCAAGAUCCCCUUCGUCGGUCCCUUUCACGAGAGCGUCAAGCCGAGCUUCGACAAGUACUAUGCCAAAUGGCUCUCUGGCUCGCUCAGCUGCGUCUCCGUCUUCCACAAGUUCGUCAUCAUCGCGUCUACGCGGGAUAUGGCCCGCAAAGUGCUCAACAGCCCGACAUACGUGAAGCCUUGCGUGGUGGACGUCGCGCACAAGCUGCUGCGCCCUGAGAACUGGGUGUUCCUGGAUGGCAAAGAGCACGUCGAGUACCGGAAAGGCUUGAACGGCUUGUUCACGCGGCAGGCGUUGGAGACGUACCUUCCGGGCCAGCAGGAGGUGUACCGCGAGUACUUUGAGGAGUUCCUGCAGAUGACGAAGGCGAAGAACGGUGAGGCGCAGCCGUUUGUGUACAAGCUGCGCGAGUUGAUGUGCGCCGUCUCGUGCCGUACGUUUGUCGGUCACUACAUGUCGCGGGAAGCCGUGAAGAAGAUCGCGGACGAUUACUACGACAUUACCGCGGCACUGGAGCUGGUGAACUUUCCGAUCAUCCUGCCUUUCACCCGGACGUGGUACGGCAAGAAGGCUGCAGAUCGAGUCAUUGAGGUCUUCGCCGGUUGCGCGGCGAAGGCGAAGGUGCGGAUGAGGCAGAAGGGUGCAGAGCCGGAGUGCAUCAUCGAUCGCUGGAUAGCGCAGAUGAUGGAGAGUGAACGGUACCGCGAGCGGAUUGCCAAGGGCGAGAAGGUGCCGGACGAGGAGAAGCCGGCAAUGCUGUUGCGGAAGUUCUCCGAUUUGGAGAUUAGUAUGACGGUGACCACCUUUUUGUUCGCGAGUCAGGAUGCGACGAGCUCGGCUUGCUCGUGGAUCCUGCAGCUCUUGGCCGAUCGGCCGGAGAUGCUGCAGAAGGUGCGAGAGGAGGCGGCGAGAAUUAGGCCGGAUCCGAGCCAAGGGGUGACGCUUGACGAUUUGGAAAGGAUGGAAUGGACGAAGGCCUGCGUCAAGGAGUCCCUUCGCUACCGCCCUCCCGUGAUCAUGGUGCCCUACGUAGUGAAGAAGGACUUCCCCAUUCCGGAAGGCAACUACACCGCGAAGAAGGGCUCGAUGAUCAUACCCUCCACCUGGCUAUCAUUACACGACCCGGAAGCGUACCCGGAUCCGGACACCUACGACCCUGAGCGAUGGAUAAGCGGCACCGCCGAAGAGCAGGGCAAGAACUGGCUCGUCUUCGGCACGGGCCCGCAUUACUGCAUCGGUCAAACAUAUGCAACACUGAACCUGACGUGUUUGCUGCACAUGAUCAGCAGCGAGCUGGAAUGGAAGCACAAGAUCACGGAUUGCAGCGAGGAGAUGAGGGUGUUCGCCACAAUCUUCCCGAUGGACGACUUAUUGCUCAGCUUCGAGCGGAGAAAGGACGUCCCUGCGUCGGUCAUGGCUACUGCGUGAUGAGAACUUGGUCGCUUUGGUUCGGGCGGAGCUGUAUAUAUCCACCGUUGUGUCGCGUACAAGCGGGCAUUGCAUUCUUACAUCCAGCAGCGACGCUGCGUGGAGAGGCUUUUUGCGCCUAAGGCUAGAUGAUAGACUUUGUGUGCGGCACGAUGCCCAUAUAUGAUCAAGUCAAAACUGAGCAAAGCAGGCCUCUUGCCGCAAUCAUGUCUGCACUGUGAUGAC